AUGGUAGAAUUUGUAAUGGGAAAUUUAGGAAAUGGAUUCAUAGCUCUGGUGAACUGCAUGCAGUUCAAGAGAAGGAAGAUCUCUACAUUGAGUCUAAUCCUCACUGCUCUAGCCAUCUCCAGGAUUGGUUUACUCUGGUUGGUAUUUCUAAAUUGGUUUGUGUCAGUGCUCUACCCAGAUUUAUUGAUGAUUGAAAAAGUUCUGAGAGUUAUUUACAUCACCUGGAUGGUGACCACUCAUAUCAACAUCUGGCUUGCCACACGCCACAGUAUCUUUUCUUUUCUCAAGAUAGCCAAUUUUUCAAACUCUCAUUUUCUUUGCCUUAAGUGGAAAGUUAAAGAAAUGGUUUUCGUGACUUUGCUUAUGUCUCUGGACCUUUUGUUUUUAAACAUUAUAAUUUUGAACACACAUGUUGAUAUUUGGAUUGCUAGAGCUAAAAGAAACACUUCUAAUUUUAACUUCAUUCCCUUCUCUGUGUCCCUGGUCACUUUCCUCCUGCUCAUCUUCUCCCUAGGGAGACAUCUGAAGAACACAAAGCACAACUCCAAAGUUUGCAGAGAUGUCAGCACUGCAGCCCACAUCAAAGCCUUGUAA